CUCUGCGCCGACUCGCCGUGUCGCGUCUCGACGCUUCCAUCCGCGGCGGCGAUCCGAAGCAAAACCUUUCUCCCUCUCUCCGCCAUGGCGCGCCUCCUCCCGCGAGCCCUCGCCUUGGCCCGUGCCCACCCCCGCCCCCGCCCCGCCGAUUUGCCCUCCUCCCACCGCCUCGUGCGUGGUCUCUCGUCCAAGGUGGAGUUCAUCGAGAUCGACCUGUCGGAGGACGCCGCUUCCCCCUCGUCGUCGUCCUCGUCCUCCUCGUCGUCAGGCUUCGAGGGCGACGGCCUCGCACCAUCGGAGAUGGGGAUGCGGCGCCUACAGGACGCCAUACACAGGGUUCUCGUGCGACGGGCGGCGCCGGAGUGGCUCCCCUUCGUGCCGGGGGGCUCCUACUGGGUUCCAGAGAUGCGGCGCGGGGUCGCCAGUCUCGUGGGCACGGCCGUCCACAGCGCGAUGGGCGCCUGGAACGCGGAGCCGAUGACGGAGGAGGAGAUGAUGUGCCUGACCACCAUCCGGGGGUGGCCUUCAGCGGCGUACUUCGUCGAUGGGAAAUUUCCUGACCCAGUGAAGAGGCCAAGGAAAGGUGCUACUCAAACUGAUGAUGAUGAAAGCUAAUUUGUUUGCAUCACUUCCACAGGACGCCCUCAGAAUGAGGAAGCUUGGAGCUGUCAAAUUAUGCUGAUGGUUGUACAUAUGGACAGGCAGAUAACUGUGGACAUGAACCACAGCGAGUCACCCCAUCGGUCACUUCAGAAGAUGUUCGCCUACUACUAUCGAAACGCCCUGAAUAUGAAUCCAUGUGGCCAGUGCCUUGCACGCUGGACUAUCUCACAACUUGUACCUGUAGUGUAUGUAUCAACUGGUAUUGGUUCCAUGCUGCUGCAAUGUCUUUUUUUUAAAAAAAAAAUCAUAUAUAUAUCAUAUUUUGUGGGUUGGGUUGAAUGCCUGUGGCCCAUGAGUAAGCUGGGUGUGCUGUGGGCCUCCAUAAUCAUGCCGAAAAUCAUCCCUGAAUAUCUACCAACGACGACGGUAAUCUACUAAUCUCGAAUUGUUUGUCUUGUGCUCCUCUUGUGGGCAUACGGUGAACUAAUGAUGCUUUGCUUCUUCUGGCACAACUCGGUUCUGGAAACGCUUGUAUUGCAAGAAAUGGCACAUAUAUUUUCUUGAAGAAAUGCCAUAUAGUACUU